CAAAAGGAAACCCCAAACAUCAACACUGAGAACGCAAACCCCAGCCGAGAGGCUGUGAAGGCAGAGGAAGCCGGCAGGUGGACUCCAAAAGCCCUCACAGGAGGUGAGCUGCUUCCUGUGGCGGCGGCAGACGAACAGAGCCCGUGCAGGAGCCGCUUCUCCUCUGUGCCUGUGGCCUCCUGCUCCCACAGCACCGUCCGGGCGAGCAAGAUGAAGUGGAGGAGGAUCGCCGUCCUUGCCACCCUCCAGGCACAGCUCCCAGCCACAGAUGCUACAUCAGUUCUUGGACUGACAGAUCCCAGACUCUGCUACUUACUGGAUGGAUUCCUCUUCCUCUACGCAGUCGUCAUGACAGCUCUGUUUGUGAAAGCCAAGCUUAGCCAGGCCUCUGAACCACAGCUGAGACCAGGCCAGGAUGACACGUACAAUAAGCUGACUCGUGGGCACCGAGAUGACUACGAUGUUCUGGGGGCGAAGCGAGGUGCAGACCCUGAGCUGGGCGGGAGACACCAGCAGAGAAGAAAGAAUCCCCAGGAAACUGUCUACAGUGCACUGCAGAAGGACAAGAUGGGUGAGGCAUACAGCGAAAUCAGAAUGAAGGGAGAGCAGCAGAGGCGGCGAGGCAAAGGCAAUGAAGGUGUCUACCAGGGACUCAGCGCAGCCACCAAGGACACUUACGACGCUCUUCAAAUGCAGGCUUUGCCCCCCCGCUAAGUGGGAGUCACAGAGGGGAUGGGCAAAAAGGAGAGAUGCCCACAGGCUCUGGGGGGGAGAGGAGGGGAAGCCUUUUUCAUCCCACACAAGCACUGCGUGUUUUCUCUGUGCAAUAACCUGCUUUGGGUGGUGCACAGAGGGAGUGUGUCUGGGGUUGUCCAGUCCCUUCUCCCUUUCCUCCUGAAUCAUGCAACUGCAAAGCUUUUGCUAUUAAAAUGUACAUAUCUGUAAAGUUGU